CACCCCUGCACAUGUAGCCCUGUUGAGAACCUUCUGGAUCAAUUCCGAGAAGCCCGCAAAGCAUACCGAAGAUCGGAGCUUGGUGGAAUCUCACAUUUCCUGUACACAGACAUGUGUCUCUCAUUGCUUUGAGCAUCGGGAGUUCCGAGAAAACCGCCGAGUCAACUCUCAUGAGUGCCGAUCCUUGUGAAAUUGACGCCUUUCGACUCACACCGUUCGUUAGCAUGGCGUCCAGCGUCCGGUCAAGCUUGUGCCAGGUUUCCAUGUCCGGAGAAAUAGUUGCAGAGUAAACGAAAGGGAGAAGAAGACUCGCAGUGUUUUCGAGAACAUGGAUCACAUACGUUUCAGAUCUUCAUGUCCGAUCACUAUACGCGCUUGAAUUGCUGCCUCUAGCCCAAAAGAAUGAGCGAAUCUGCCGGUUUGGAAGAACAGAAUCAAGCAAUUGCCAUUGGCUCCACAUGUGAGAUAUUAGCAGAUUCUCCGGGAACAGUCUCAACCUCCUCCUCCUGAGCCUCUGUACCAGGUUGAGAAACUUGUGAACUCAUCAAUCCUGAUAGUGAAGAAUUUGGUGAUUGCGAGUUGGGGGUUUCUACUUGCAACAAUUUUUUUGAACGGUAAUGCGAAGAGCUAUGAGAAGAGAGAUGCGAAGAGAUAUGCGAAGACCUCGAUGACUCUGGUUUUGCUGUCUUCCCUGUCUUCUGCCGUUGUCCAGGUGGAAAAUCCCUAAUCAAAUCUUCCUUUAAAGCCUCCCAACUAUCUUCUCUCUUGUGAAAGUCCCACCAUUGAAACCAGGUUAACCAGCCAUCUGCGGCUUCCCCCAUUGCAUUUGCUGCAAUGUCCACUUUAAAUCUUUCUGCAAUAGCUUGGACUCGGAAAUAUCUUUCCAUCCUCCUUAUCCAUGCGUACGCUUCAGCCUCGUGGAAUAGAGGUAAUUCCUCCGUCUUUGACCUAGCUGAAUUCCGAGAAGCGACUUUAGACGAAGAAGGCGAACUCUGAUGCGAAGAGCGAUGAUAUGAGUGAUGAUUAAAACUCUGCGAAGAGGGAUGCGAAGAACUUUACGAAGAGCGAGGGAAAUAACUCUGCGAAGACACAUUUCGCGAAUCGGCUUGCGAAGAACUUUGUGAAGUGUGAGAUGAUGAGGAAGACUCUGUUCCCGACUGGAGAGGGUGAGAAGAUCUUCACGUUUGCGAACGAUGAGAUUGCGACGUAGUUCGCGACUCCGACCGCGAAGUAGUUCGCGACUCCGACCGCGAAGUAGUUCGCGACUCUGACUGCGAACAAAUAAAUAAAUUUAUUUUAGUGUCUAUUGUUUACCGAGUGGAUGGAUAAGAGAUAUGAUUACGGCAUUGUUUCACCUCAUGGCUUGGGAACUCACAAAACCGGCAGGCAACUGGGGCUUGAGAACGAUUGGCUACAGAGUAGUGACCACCACGUCCUCUGCGAGAGAACCUCCGAUCAUUGGCAGGAGGAAAUCGACGAUCGCCCUGAGAGUAGUUAUGCUCAGCCGUGUGUGUUACAUAAGCAGUGGGUAUGAGUGAGGAAGACAUCGAGGCUGCCUGCUGAAUUCGUUGUUCAUGCUCGAGGAGUAUAUCUUGAAGCUCUGCCAGAGGUAGGGCCGACGAACGAACUCAAAUAGCAGAGAUUAGUUCACUGUAUUCUAAACUGAGACCAUUCAGAAUAUUAAUAACCAAGUCUUCAUCAGAAAUAGGAUUCUGAGCAAGGGCCAACACCUCAGAUAAGGCCAAACUUUUUUAAAGCGAAAAGCGUCCAAAAGCGAUGAUCCUGGACAUAACUUUAAAGCGAUAGCGCUAAGCGAAGCGUAGCUUUCUCACAAAAAUCGAUGCUUAAAAAAAUGGAUGUAGACCGAUAACUUCAGAGCUCUUUUGUAGGUUGUCUGAAAGUGUUUAAGCUCAAAUAUGUCUUUGAACAUCAAAUUGAUGCAAUGAGCAGCACACGGUGUCCAAUAAAUUGUCGGGUACUUCUCCAUUAAAUCCUUGCCUAAACGAUAAGAAAAUGAAAAAAAUAAUUAAAUGCAUUUAAAUUAUAUAUUAGAGAUUACGAGUUUAGGUAUAAAAUAAACUUACCAGCUUUGACAUUUUCAGAAGCGUUGUCUGAAAUAAUUUGAACAACAUUUUCUCCUCCAACUCUGUUCACAAAGAGUUCAAAGAGCUCAAACAUCUUCUCUCCGUUCAACUGAUUGGAUAAAAUAAGAUCCAAGUGAACAAUUAACUAACACAUUGAUAUAAGCGCGAUUCCUUCUAUCAGUCCACUUAUCCAUCAUCAAUGAACAACCGUAUUGCUUGCAAAUAUCCUCAUGUGGUUUAAAAAGCUCCUUCACAUGCUCUACUUCCUUUUUAAUAUAUGGCACUCGAACUUCAUGAUAACUAGGAGCUUUCAUCCCGGGUCCAUGUUGUGCCACAACAUCAAUGAAACUUUGUAAUGUCUUGUAAUUGACACAAUUAAAGGGCAAUCCAGCUUCAUACAUCCAUCGUGCAAACAGCUUUUUCCCGCAACUGUUUCUUGCAAGUUGCUAUAGUUACUUCUGCUCCUCUAGCUCGUUUCAAAGUUUCAUUUUCUUUUGAAAGUGUUUUGAAAUACAAAUUCAUGGGGCCUUUGGUCGAUGAUGCGUUGCUUGUCCCAUCUACAGACUCAAUCUCCUCAACAUCAUCAUCAUCAAAAUCAUGAAUUGAAAGGUUCUCUUUCAUAGCUUCCUUUCGUUGACUUUUGUUAUCAAGAAGCUCUUUCAUGGCAACUUUGACUUCUUGAGGACACUUUUGACACGCCUUAACACUUUUAAAGCCGCCAACAAGAUGUUGUUUGUGACGGUAUAUACCUCCACUUGUAAUUUUGUCACAAUAUAUGCAUUGCACACGUGUGUUGUCAUCUUGUUUGACUCUUAAUCCAUGCUCCCAUGCUGGAUCUUCACUUUUAGAUUGUGCUCUAGGCAUUUCUUUACUACAAAUAGUGCACAAAAAAGUGUAAAUAUUUAUAUAUUUACAAUUUACAACAUAUUAUCUUCCCUUUUUUUACCAAGUAUUAGUAAUAUACUAUCUUAAGCUCAUUAAAACACACAGUGACACACUGAAUAACACAAAAUUAAAACAAAUCAAUUACAAAAUUCAAAGUGAAUUUUAUACAAGAAGAAUCUGAAAAUACAGAGUAUAUAAGAAUAAAAAACACAAAAUGAAAACAAAUCAACCAAAAAAAUUUAAAGUGAAGAAUAUACAACUGUAGAAAUUCUUAAAGACUUGGAGGAGUAAUACCCGGAGGAGUCUUGUGGUUGUCGCAGUAUUAAAAUACAGUAGUAUUAAACAAAUCAACCAAAAAAAUUCAAAGUAAAAAUAUACUCUGUAAUAAAAUCUACGCCCACGAAGAUUGAAUACAAACUUGGAGGAGUAAACGAAGACUACCUCAACACUUCAACAGUAUUCGAUCGAGAAGGAAUACCUGGAGGAGUCUUCUGGUUGUCGCAGGCUCGCAGCUCUGGAGAGGUCUUCUGGUUGUCGGCUACAGAAAGAGAAGACCGAACGAUGAUGAACGAUCGCAGGCUCGCAGCUUUCUCCUCGUCGCAGCUCUGUAGAUGAAUGAUCGAUUUGUCUUUCUCUAAACGGACUCAACCCUAGUAAUCGUAAUCGCAGAGUCCGGACAAAAAAAACUUUUGAAGUGUUGACUGGUCUAUCGCUUUUUGUGAGAAGCGGAAUAAAGCAACCGCUUUGUGAAGGUUACGUUUAAGGGAAAAGCGGGAGAAAGCGUGCGCUUUCUCACAGAGUCGCGCAAAUGGAAAGCGAAGCGCAGGUCCUUCGCUAGCUUACGCUUUACGCUUUUUGACGCUUUUUUACGCUUUCAAUAAGUUUGGAUAAGGCAUACAUUUCAGAGAGAUUAUCAAGAAUAGAAUGAGUCCCCUUGGUAGUGCGGGCAAGUGCCGUUUUGAGGGAAAUGAGUCGACCAUAAGAUGUACUAGCAUAUGUAAGGCUAGCUUGUCUCAUGCAUGACGCGCCAUGGUAGAUGACAAGAUGAGUGAUUGAAUUGUAUCGGUGCAGCUACCGAUCAACGUAUUGAUAAUGGUGCGAUCCUGGCGAUACCAGAUUGAGUAGCAGGGGUUGGGCUGAGUAUUAUCGUCAUUAAGAUAUGGCUGGAAUCUGGAGAGUGCCAUCAACAUAUCCUUCCAAGCCUAGACUAACAAGUGUGGAAUACACCUGACAUUUCCAAACUGGGAAUUUGGUGGUUGUAAGUUUAACCGGAAUGUUGGUUGUUGCAGUGAUGGAAAACAACUGAAGUGUUGGCGGUGAAAGCCACAACCAUCGUGAUGAAAAAAAUUAGGCUCAUGUGAAAAGGCUGGCUCUUGAUACCAUAAAAGGGUAGAUGAAAAUGUAUUUAUUAAUUUAUAUAAAUAAGAAUAAAAAUAAUUUUUUUUUUAUAUAAAUAAGAGUACACUAGGUGUCGUAUAUAUACACACUAAGAGAUAUAAUCUCUGAACUAACUUGCUUAACUAUAGAAGUAAUCUCAGGAGCUACUUGAGCUAGUGAUAAGCACAAUAAUUACCUAUAUUUUAUAUAGGUAACGAUGAUUAUCUGUACAAACAUUCAAAGAUAAAACAGGUAAAAAUCCCAAUUUGAGCAAAACCGCACCUAGGCGUAAAAAAUGAAGAAACAAGAAUCAACGGGAAAAAGGACACCAAGAACUGACACUUCGAGGUCAACAACGGGCGUCAAACGGAGCGAAAAGCGGAAAAUACAACUUUGGGCAUACCCGACGCCGGGUAGGCCUUAUGGCUGGUGCCGGCUCCUCUAUUCGCACAAAUUCAGCUGCUAUCCAGUAGCUUACCCGGCGCCGGGUAGGCCUUAGGCCCGGCCCCGGGUACCCCAAAUUUCUAGGUACUUGCUGUGAAUAACACAUAACCGGCGCCGGGUAGGCCUGAAACUGGCGCCGGGUUGGUCGGAUGCAGCUAAAACACAGCAACAUGCAAGAGGAUUCUUGAUGGAAAAACUCCAUCUUCCUCAUUUGUUGAUCAAAUAUUGCUUCACACCGGAUUGUUGGGCUCGAAUAGACUAAAAGAUGCCAAUCUUUAGCCUAUAUAAAGUCCUCAAUUCAUCCUACAAACACAUUCCAUUCCAUAGAUUAAUUCCUAGUUUUUUAUAUUUUGUUCUUGCAAUUGUUCUUCAAGUUCUUUGGAGAAGGAGCCAUUUCUCUCCUCUACAAUUGGUUCUAGGUAAUUUUUCUUAUAUGUUAUUGUAUUUCCUUAUUCCUAGUUACACUCUUGUAAUUAAAAUGAGCAUUAGUAGCUAAUUCUUUAGCUAAGGCUAGGGAUGAACUUCUAUGCCCACUAGGUGUUUGAUAAAAGUUCUAAACCAAUAAAUUGUGAUUUAUCCUUUAUAUAUUGAUUGUUUAUGACUAUGAUGUACAACAUAGAAGUAUGUUAAAUUUAGUUUAUACUUGCAAACAUAUAUAGUACCGAGAAUAGAAAUAUAUCCGGUCUUAUAUGACACAGGUGUGAUGUCUUGAAAUUCAAUGAGGUUUUCGGUAGAUGAAUGUAAGCCGUAACGGGACUUACACGUAACGAAAACCACGCUCUCGCUGCCUUAAUCGGAGUUGAGAAUAUAUUAGCGACAUCGUAUUCAUAAUUAUUGGCAAAGAACUAAUAUUCAACUCUGUUAAAGCAUUUAACUGAUUCCCGAAGCCUUAGUUGUUAUUAUCAUUCAUCUUAAAUUUAAAAUUAGUUAAACGAUUAUCUUCUUAAACAAAAAGUGAAAAGUCAAAAAUAUCAAACACAAAUCAAAAUCCCUGCACUUUACUCAUUUCUUCAUUUAAAGUUAUAUACUCUCGGACUUGAAUUAAACAACGUUUCCUUAUGGAUUCGACGCGGUAUUUUAUUGGAAUUUAUUACUAUAUCGGCAUUUGUACACUUGCAAGUUUAGCCCGGUCAGCUAGUACGUAUACAAAGGUUACAUUGACUAGUCUAAUAUGUACACAAAUAUUAGAGGAUAAUAUUGAGAAGUACAAUUAAUAAUUAUGAUCGUAUAUGCACCCCACAGUCGACCAACGUGGCACCCAUUCUCUCCUCGGUGCAGCCUGCUUUUGUUGCGACAUGUUCUCCAGUUCUGCGUAGCUUUUGAUCGCUGCAGAUUACACAGGCUCCACCUACGCUUGAUUCUUAUAGAUUGUUCUGCAUGUCAGAACCUUUCACAUGGGCUUCCUCCCCCGCCGUACAGUUUUCUUCAUUGACCGCUGCUGCCGGCUUUCUUGGUUCGCCAACGCCGUAAUUUUUGGGACUAACCUUCUCCGGGCAGCCAGGUGUCUCCCCUUUACCGCAACAACAAUUUAAUAAUCUUCCAAGAUUUUCUUCACCACCCUCAUAUUUAUCUUCCAUGCCAUCCCAGUUGGUGUUCUCCACUUCCAACAUCACCAAUAUUAUAACCACACGUCUUAAUGCUGUUGAGGAUUAUCUAACGUGGCUUACCGAGUUUCAAUCCUUUCUAGGCUCCCACAGUCUUCUUGGUUGCUAAGAUGUACACUCACUUAUGUGCAUAGGCAAUUCCUGACUUUUUAAAACGAGCUUGCCUGUGUACACACGCAAAUUAGGGUGUACAUAAAAAAGUGUGCACACCUAAUUUUUUCCAAACAAACUAGGUGGAAUAUUUAUAUUCAUAUCAAUAUUAUUGGCAGUUUCCAAAAUGAACAUGAUUAAUACUUAAAUGUGAUCAAUUUUCUAGUUCAUUAUAGAAUCAAUAACCCAUAUCAUAUACUAUGUACAACUAUAUUUUAAACAAACAAAAAAACCAAAAAAAUAAAAAAUAGAAUUGACUGGAUUAAUAAACAACAGUACCUAAUAUGGAGUACUCACAAUAAGCUCUUUAUUCUUCAUUGAUCAACCAUGUAGAGCCCUUGCAAACCAGUUCAACACAAUAAACCCAUGGUUGCUAGCAUGUCUGACACUCUGAGCUAGCAACAGUUUUAAUAAAGAUGUAGUAGCUUGAUUUUCAUACCUAGAAUUUAAGCACCUAAGUUCCACCGUAAGGGACCAAGGGCAGUAGGCAUGAUUGGCAGGCAACAAAAUUAUGGCCAUAGUAAUUCAUAAGCAAAAGAGCCUGGAAAAUCUGGCAUGCAUCUCUUCCACCAGACGACCCAUCCAUUUACCGGACAAAUAAUCAGAGAUUAAAGCAAUCGGGUGCUGCAACACUGCUGCACCCAGGCCCCCCACAAGAUUCAACCUUUAUGCAGCAGACACCAGAUCUCUCAUUGUUAUGUACAUGUAACCCUUUUGAGAAGCUUCUGGAUCCAUUUUGAGAAGCCCGCAAACUAUACCGAAGAUCGGCGCCCGGUGGAAUCUCACAUCUCCUGUACACAAAGAGGUUUCUCUCAUUGCUUUAAGAAUCAGGAGUUCCUUGUGAAAUUGACGCCUUUCGACUCGCAUCGUUCGUUAGCGUGGCAUCCCGUGCCUGGUCAAAGCUUGUGCCAAGCUUGUGCCUGGUUUCCAUGUCCUGAGAAAUAGUUGCAGAGUAAACAAAAGUGAGAAGAAGACUCACGGUGUUUUUGAGAACAUGGAUCACAUACGUUUUCAUAUCUUCAAGUCCGAUCACUAUAAGCGCUUGAAUUGCUGCCUCUAGCCCAAAAGAAUGAGCGAAUCCGCCAGUUGGAAGAACGGAAUCAAGCAAUUGCCACUGGCUCCACAUGUGAGUUCUGACAGCGCAAAACCCACAGAAUGCUUUGGAUACCCUACGAGCAAAAGGGAGCUUUGCAUUUGAUCUCGUUAUUUCAGAUGUCCACAUGCUUGAUAUCAAUUGCUUUGAAUUGCAACACAUGAUUCCCCAUGAAUUUCAGAAUCUUCCCGUAGCUUUGAUGUCCGUUGACAGCCAAGAGCGCAUUGUGAGGCAGGGAAUGCAGAACGGAGCUAUUAUAAUCAUCAAAAAACCGUUGUCACCAAACGCCCUGACAUGUUUGUGGCAGUUUCUUAUAGCUCAAAAGAAGGGUUAUGUUAGGUGCAAUGCUAUGGGGCUGCAUGUAGAAUGGCAUCCUACUCCACCUGCCGCCACUGCUGCCACCACAGAUUUUGCAGCUGAUCGGAACCCCGUGGAAAAGACGACCAUCACGACGAAUCUCUAUUUUGAAACCAAGACAGUGAAAAAGAAGCUGGUGUGGACGGAUCUUCUUCACUUCAAGUUCUUGGAUGCCAUCACCUCUAUAGGGAUUCAGAAUGCGGUACCCAAGAAUAUUUUGAAAGUCAUGAAUGUGCCAGGAUUAACCAGGGAGAAUGUUGCAAGUCAUUUUUUCAGUCGUGGCAGAGCAAAACCCAUGUGAUGCUUUGGGUGCCCUACGAGCGAGGGGCAGCUUUGCAUUUGAUGUUGUUAUUUCGGACGUCCACAUGCCUGAUAUCAAUGGCUUUGAAUUGCAACUCAUGAUUGCCCAUGAAUUUCAGGCUCUUCCCAUAGUUUUGAUGUCCAUUGAUACACAAGAGGGCAUUGUGAGGCAAGGAAUGCAGAACGGAGCUAUUUCGUUCAUCGAAAAACCUGUGUCGGAGAACGCCCUGAAAAAUUUGUGGAAGUUUCUUAUAGCUCAGAAGAAGGGUUAUGUUAGGUGCAGUGCUAUGGAGCUGCAUGUAGAAAUGACUCCUCCACCUGCCGCCACCGCUGGUACCACAAAUUUUGCAGCUUAUCGGAAACCCGUUGAACAGACGGAACCUUUUUUUGAAACCAAGAUGGGGAAGAAGAAGUUGGUGUGGACGGAUGUUCUUCACUUCAAGUUCUUGGAUGCCAUCACCUCUGUAGGAGUUGAGAAUGCAGUACCCAAUAAUAUUUUGAAGGCCAUGGAUGUGCCGGGAUUAACUAGGGAGAAUGUUGCAAGUCAUUUGCAGGUUGAUUUCCAAUUACUUAUGAUUAUUAACCACGCUGUUCAUGACUAAAACUUCGUAAUGUUUUACUUUUUAUUGAGCCUUAGCUUAAUGAGUUUCUCAAUACUCAUAAUUUAAAGUUUUGAACAUAUGAGGUAUGAAGUACUAAAUUAUUAUAGAAGAAAUAUGUUUAUAUGCAUAUUUAUAAAACUUCUUAUAUUUUAAUAAAAGUAAAUAUGAAUACGACAUCGACUAUUUAGCUUGAA